AAUUUAUUAAGCCUACUAAAGAAAAUCAUAAACACACUCCCAACCAAACAUGACCAUCCUUUUGGCGCAGUCGGGUAAAAAAGGAUGAUUUUGAGGUGAAAAAACAUGCUUCGUAAAUGCUCAAUCUAAUCGAAACUUGAUUGACGUUUUUUGUCAAAUGCCAACCAAACAAAACAUAACCCCAAAAAUGAGACGUAUUUACGAAUAAAAGAUCAAUUUUGUAAAUAAAAUUGUGUGAAACUAUUGCUAAAAUCAUGGAGGAAACACUGGCAUGCCGUCUGUGUUUAUCAACAAGCGUUAAACUGUACGAUAUGUUCAAUUAUCGUCUAAAUUCAGCCUACGAGACCCUAACUGGAGUAGAGAUGAGCGCCUCAGACGGACUGCCACCAUACUCCUGCGGUGUGUGUAGCUCACUGUUAGUCAAGAGUGCGACCUUUAAGCGCAUGUGCCACAACUCUUACAACCUGCUCAACAUUGCCAAGUUACAGCAAGUGUUAUCAACAGAUUACAUAAAAAGCCUAAAGAUCACGCCUCUUUUCUCAUUCACAAUCAAAAACACAGACAUUAUAUCCAUCGGUGUCGAGACUGAUGAAGUUGUCAAGAAAGAAGAGGAUUGGGAGGUCCAAAUCGACCACAAAGUGAAAACAGAAUCUAGAGAAUCAUCCAUAGACUCGGAUCGUGACGAACCAAUAAGCGAACUGUUUAAACGUACAAGAAUACUCGUCGAAAGUCUCCCACGAAAGGUAACAAGAAGCAAAACAGAGAAAACUCAGCGUGCCAAAAAAACUGUUUUGGAAAAGACGAAGAAAGUCAUAAAAGAAAAACCGUCGAUGAAAGGUGUGAAAGAGAAAAAAGAGAGCAAAGUGAAGAAAGAAAAGGUUAAAAAGCAAAAAGAGAAAGAGACAGGCUAUGAGUUCCCGGAAGGUGAAGUGGAGGUAUUGAUGUUAAGUAAAGAAGAGCAGUUAGAAGAAAUUCAUGCAAGAAAAUCUUCAGUGAAUUACUUGAGUUCGUUCUAUAAGUGUGAGCUGUGUUUCAAAGGCUUCAUUUCAGAGACCACGUACAAAAAUCAUAUGGUUAGACAUGACCCUAGCAGUGGCGCCCUCUCGUGCGAGAUAUGUCACAUCCGAGUGGCGAACAACAAAUUAUUACGCUCCCAUAUGAUCCAACUACAUGAAAGAAAAUAUGUUUGCAAGCUAUGCAACAACGUCUCCAAGUCUAAACACUCAGCUUCUGAGCACUCAAAAUGGCACAGCGGUCAAAAAUUCACAUGCAAAUUCUGCGAUGCUGUAUUUUCCAAAAAGACAAGUCAUCUGUCCCACAUGCGAAUCCACCACCCGUCGGAACAUGUCAAUUGCGAUGUUUGUGGGGAAGCUUUCAUAGGAGAACAUGGGUUGCGGAUGCAUAAGAAAAAGGCACACAAAAAUAUGGACACGAAAACAGAACCGGAAUCAGAAACCAGAUGUACAAACUGCAAAGUGCAGUUCCAGAAUGCAGACGCGUUCAAACGACACACUAACAACGCUAACGGACAGUGCGAUGUCAAUUUCAGGUAA